UUCUCGCAGUUUUCUUUCCCCUUUUUUUUUUUUUUUUCUUUUAUUUUUCUCUCUAGUUCCUGGCCUGCUGCCAGUGCCUCUCACGGCCAAAGUUUUAUCUACAGGGAUAGAUAUAUAUAUAUAUAUAUAUAUAUAUAUAUAUAUAUUUUUUUUUUUUUUUUUCAAGCCAAGCCCAGCUGCGCACGGACUAAACCCCGCUCCUGGGGCGAGCUUAACUCUGCAGAAGAGGAGGAGGAGGAGGGCGAGCAGCAGGAGCUGCCUGUGCUCCAGCUCUCGCUGUCAGGAUGGAUUUAUGGCUUUAAAAGGAGUGGGGGGGAGGAAGGAAAGAAAAUUCCCUGCCGGAGCCAGAGGUCGCAGCGCAGCCAAAGCCAGCCCGGAGCCGCAGGAUGGCUCUGGGGGCCGCAGGACGCGGACUAUGACCGAGCUCGGGCUCUGCUGGGCCCCCUCAGGUGGAUUCAAGGCGCUUUGGGCAGCACCAGGCUCGGCUAUGUUGGCCAAGGUGGUGUUUUCACUUCUGCUGUGGCUGAAUUUUGCUGCGGGACAGGACGCACCUGAGCCAGCUCCCCAGCCCUCCGCCUCCAACGCCGAGGGCGACCUCCUGUUCCUGCUGGACAGCUCUGCCAGCGUCUCCCGCUACGAGUUCUCCAAGGUCAAGGAGUUCAUGUGGGACCUCCUGCAGCCGUUCGCCUUCGGCCCCAGGGACGUGCAGACCAGCAUCAUCCACAUCAGCACCACCCCCAGCAUGGAGUUCCCCUUUGACCGGCACCUGAGCGGGGCCAGCCUGCGGAGCGCCAUCGCGGGCAUGCGGCAGCGCGUGGGCGACACCAACACGGGCAAGGCGCUGGCCCUGGCCAAGGAGAAGCUCUUCAGCAGCCAGGCCGGGGCCAGGCCCGACGUGCCCAAGGUGCUGGUGUGGGUGACGGACGGCUUCUCCACGGACGACAUCUCGGAGCCCAUGCAGCUGCUGAAGGACAUGGGGGUCACCGUGUUCAUCGUCAGCACCGGCCGCGGGAACUUCCUGCAGCUGUCGGCGGCCGCCAGCGCGCCCUCGGACGCGCACCUGCACUUUGUGGACGUGGAUGACCUGCCCAUCAUCACCCCGGAGCUCAGGGACGCCAUCCGAGAUGCCAUCCGUGCCAGCCGCCUGCACGCCACCGACGUCACCUCCAGCAGCUUCCGCCUGGUGUGGCCGCAGCUGCUGUCCCCGGACAGCGGCUUCUACAGCCUGGAGUAUGGCCCGGGGGGGGACCCCGCUGCCAGGAGGGCCCUGCAGGUGCCCGGGGCACAGAGCAGCCUCGUGCUCACCCAGCUGGCACCAGCGACCACCUACGAGGUGGCGCUGACCCCCGAGUCCAACGUGCACUACGUCCCUCCCCAGAGAACCAGGGUCACCACCCUGCCAGAGGAAAUCAGCCCGGUUCAGGUUCUCAUCUCAGACUGUGGGCCCCGCAGCCUGCAGGUGAGCUGGGCUCCUGUUCUGGACUCCGUGGCCUCCUACCAGGUGCUCUACGGGCCCCUGCCGGGGGGCUCAGCCAGGCUGCUGCAGGUGGAUGGCGGCCACAACAGCACCGUGCUGGAGCACCUGGCGCCCAACACCACCUACCUGGUGACAGUGACGGCCAUCUACAGGUCUGGCACGGAGAAAUCCCUGUCAGCCAAGGCCUGCACCCUGCAAGCCACAGAGGCCCAAGGAUCCAGGCCCAGAGAGCAGGACAGACUGCAGUGAGCUCCUCCCCAGCACGGCAAAGGUCUGGAAUGGACAAAGAUUUGGACAAAAAAAGGAGGAGCCAGGGGAGGAAGCAGCUCCUGCCCCGGGCUGUGCUGUCCCUGCAGGUGUCCAGCCCAAACCUGGCCCCAGCCAAGCUCUGCCAGGUCCAAAGGCUUGGCUGGAUGCAUGGAACAGCCAGUGUGACUAAAAAAGUGACUAAAAGAUGCCAAAUGUGUCCCCAUUUCACAGAAACACCAGUACCAAACAGAAGGCAGAGCAGAGUGGUGGAUCCUCACUCCUGCUUGCUCCUGCUCUCUAUUUAUUCAGGGUUCAUGCAGAUUUCUUUUUGCACGAGCUCAUUCAG